CCAACCGAAAUCACAGCCAAUUCGCAGCCAAUCAGAGCUCAGAGCCCAUCGAUGGCCACACAAUCAGCUGAUAACACCUCACAAUUCUUCGAGUGUCUGACAAUCGGUGGCAAAGUUUGGUUCGUUUGUCGACACAAAGACUGUCAUCACUGCGAGAAGACUGAACUCAAAAUGUUUGGACACUUGACUCAACACAUGGACACAAGUCUUGGAUACCAAUCGCACGAAGACAUCGAAGACAUUGAGACCGAAAGUGACGGCAGAGUUAUGAUUGAUUUGUCCGAUGAGUCGAACGGCUCAGACAUUGUGACGGCCGACAGGAGUGGCGGACAGUCGACCGCCGGUCACAGCAGUGGUGUGAAGGAGGAGUCGGUGGACGAGGAGUGGCGGCAAUGGUUUAAAUUGUGUGACGGAAGCGGUGGUAAAGAGAGACUGGUCUGCAUGUGGUCUGACUGUGGGUUUGAGACCAACUUAAGAAUCGCCGCCCGAAGACAUGUUAACAAACACUUGUCCGGAGUAUUGGCGCCGAAGAAGACACCGACGACAACGUCAGCCGCUGUCACAGAGAGUGUGUAUUGGGAUCAGAUUUUCCCUGAUUGUGACACAACGUCUUCCGACAAUAAUGUGGCGCAAAGUGAGGCCACAAACACACGAUUGAGUGGAAGCGCUUCCAAAAUCAAAUCUAAGACCAAAGGAAAAGGUAAACAAUUGAAGGGAAAGCGCGGAAAGCAAUUGAAUGUCACGAAAGGCGUGAAUCGGGAAAAGGAGACCAAACUUGAGUCACAAAUAAGUCCAAUGAUUGACAUAAGUGUGACCGAAGAGGGCUUAAGUCUCAAAGGAAUGGGUAUAUCUAAUCUGAAGGCCUAUAUUGAGACGGAAGUGAUAAACGGCCAGAAAUGGUAUUUGUGUCGACACAGCAGUAGCUGUGAGUUCAAGUGCCGCUUAUCGAAGCAAAUCGCGCUUCACAUCCAUUGCAGUCAUAUCGGACUGUCCCUCAAGUGUCCUCAAGUCGGGUGCGGGCGAGUGUUCCGAACCCCCAAUUCGUGGAGAGAGCACCAGAAGUAUCAUAUCUGCAAUUUUGACAAUAAAAAGGGAGCGAUAGGUGUUUGUCGUAAAGACAAUAUCGAUAAAUGGAGAGAAAUAGUGAUCAUUGAAGACCCCAUCAAAGGCAGCACAAAGGCUUAUCGAUGCAAAUGGAAAGGCUGUGCAUUCACUACAUUAACCAGUGAUUUACGGCGACACAUCCAUAACCAACACAUUUGUCCCUUCCGUACAACCGGUGAGUGGAAGAAGAAGUUUAGGGAAUCUCUCGACAAUUGUAGCCAACAAUCGGACCCGAGUCUUGUCAAUGCUAUGGUUGACGGCCUCCAGAAGAAGAAUCUAUUGUUGUGUCGCAUAAAAGGAUGUGUCGCUAAGUUUGCCGACAAAUCGGACCGCAAUAGACACGAGAAGUUGUGUCCAUUGAGACCAAAGACUAUUAAGACGAUUACCUCAACCAACAAAACCAAAACUCUGUUGAAAGCGAGAGUUCGAGACACUAAAGAAGUUAAGAGCGAAACCAGUGGACGAUUGGACGGCAUUUCUGGCAAUUCAAACAAAGGCACCGAAUCUACAAAUGAAUUGUUUUGCGGUAGAGAUGGCUGUAAAUCCAAGUUUAAUCGUACAAUUGAUCUCAAGAAACACCAGAUAUGGUGUCAAUUCAGACCAAAGGCAACUAAUACUCAGUCAUCAAAAAAGUUGCGAAACAGACAAACAUUGGAUUCAAAAGCCAAUAAAACUGAUGACAACAUCCAGAAGAAUAUGAAUGACUCAAAAAUAUUGCUUAAAACAAAAAGCAUAGAAAAAGUGAAAGAAGAAUCGGUCUCUAAAGCCAAAGAUAAUAAGAAAAUGGUUGAAAAUACAGACAAUCCGACUGUUAUUGAAAAUGCUGUCACUUCUCAUGCUUUGGAUUCGAUUUGUGAGAAAUAUAUGCAAAUCAAACUCUUUGAGGGUGCCAGAUAUCUGAUUUGUAAUCAUAUGGACUGCAAGUUUGUCACCAAAAUUGGUUCCAAAUUUAAUGAUCACGUAAUGGCAGUCCAUUUGGCAAACCGUCCGAUAGUUUGCGAUUUGAAACGGACUCCAAAACAAGAAUUAGUUGACGACUCGAAGAAAGGACUGAAAAGAAACUCAAAAGAAGUGAAAGAAAGCACUUCUAAAUGCAAAGCUAAUGAAGAAAUUGAUGAUAAAGGCAAACAAAGUUCUCCAUUAGAUAAGGAAUACUUGAUUUGCAAUUUCAAGAAUUGCAAAUUUUGCACCAAAAGUGUCGCUCAAUUCAAUGCUCACAUUAAACUUCAUUCGAGAGACGUUUCCAUAAAUACUAAAUUGUCUCUAAAAGGUCCAGCAGUUGGUCGGAAGAGAGGCCGACCUUCGGCUAAAAGUAAAGCCGAAACAGUGGACACCAAACCGAAGAUAUUGAAGACUACUGACAAGAGAGACAAACCAAACACUGAUUGCCGUAAAGAACUCAAACCAAACACUGAUUGCCGUAAAGAACUCAAACCAAAGACAGAGCCGACCAAUGAGUGGGAGAUUUAUGUGGAAAAGAAGUGCAUCGAUUCGGAGCCAAACUUUUUCUGCAAAUAUGACGUGAAUUUGUGCCGAUUUUACGCGAAAGAUGUGACGGAAGUGUACGAACACAUCCGAGACAAACACACCUUCAAAUGCAAUCUCCAAAACUGUGACAAACAAUUCAAGAAUCAGAAUCUCUUAGAUAUUCAUAAACGUAACCAUAUCUGCGGUUUUGGCAUAAAAGGCAUGAAACCGAUGGGUGUCUGCGCUGUGGAUAAUGUGCGCCAAUAUAGGGCUGAAAAACGCGAAGACAAUCGGUGUCUAUAUUCAUGUCUUUGGCUGAACUGUUGUUACGAAACCGAUAACAGGAAUACUUGUCUCAUGCAUAUCCAUAACAGACAUAUUUGUGUCAAUAAACGCAUUGAUAACUGA